AUUUGAACGGGGGUGUAGACUUUUGAAACCCACUGUAAUUCAUAUUUACAUCAAAUCCCAAUUUUGUCGCUAACCAAGUUGUUUGGAGGUGUGUGUGUGUGUGUGUCAUGAAGUGAGGUUGGAUAUCCAGCUGUGUGUGUACGACAAGAUCAAUGGGGCUUGCUCCUGGACGGCAGGUGUGGGCUGUGACUUUCCCAGGUGUGCCGCACUCUGGUUGACCUCAGCGUCCGUCUUCAAUCUUGUGAUUAGGUGAUUUCCGUCAAGCCGAGAUGACGAAAUGCUGUCUCUCAUUUUUUUUGCCUUCACGCAAGACUGUAAAAUUAGCUUUGAAAAGGCUUGCCAGGACUCGUUCCAACUUGUUUUGGUUUGUUUUUGUUUGUUCUCGUAUAUGUUACAUUACUGCAAAAAGGGGUGGGGUGCAGUUCUAGUCGGCCGGCUGGACGCACUGACAAUAAUGUUCUGCUUUAUGCGUGUCUGUCUAUGAGAGAGAGUGUGAGUGACUCUGUGGCCUCACGCCCCCCAGCCCCUGAACACGACGGCUCGAUUCGAUCCAUGGGGAUGUCCUUGGUAAACCUGGGGCCCAGCAGCAAGAAUCAUAGCUCGAGGACCCGGCCCAGGGCAAUACCGGCUACCCCCUACCAUUGGCUUUAUUGGCCACGACUUGACGAAGCAAACAAGCCCCGCAUACUCCUUCCACCGCAGGAUGAGUGACAAGAUGUAUUGUGUUGACUGUAGUCCGGGACCUCAGUACCACGUCGAUGCGAAGAUGACUCACUUCGGGAGAGACGGCACACCUGCAUACUCCAUGUUGGGCAGAACUAAAGUAAAAAAGGAGCCCUUCCACACCCCUGGACCGGGGACCUAUAGCCCAGAAAAAGCUUCGACCUACAAUCUCCAACGCCGACCCCCUUCCUUCACCAUGGGCCGCCGCACGCGUUACCGCACCACAGACUCUGUGCCUGCUCCCAACAAGUACACGCUCCCUCCACUCAUGGGCUCUCACAUCCCAAACAAGCCGGCCGGCGCCAGCUACACAAUGUCAGCUUGUUUCAGCCAUGGCGGGCCGUCCGUAGAUCUCGCCAAGACGCCGGGUCCUUGUCGGUAUGACAGCACACACCCCAGCGUUUAUCAACGCAGGCCACCUGCUUUUUCCAUGUUGGGGCGACACGGAGUACCCACGGAAGACAUGGAGACACCUGGACCUGGAUCUUAUAACCCAGAAAGAGUAACGGUGCACAAAACUCGGGCCCCAGCCUUCUCCAUGGGGAUUAGGCACUCUGAGUAUGUCACUCCACUGGUCGUCACUGUUUCCGAUUGAACAUUAGCCACAACGUAACCACACUUGUGCAAUCUAAUGAGCACUGCAGCAUUGUCAGUCGGAUUUGUGAACGCACAGGAGCACAGUUAGGAGGUGACUUAUUAGCUCUUUUCAUUUAGUGAUGUUUCUUCGCACACGUUAUUUUAUUAUAAUGGCGUUUUCUGCAUCUUAUUUAUAAGGCAUAAAAAAGUGUCAUCGCUGAACAACUAUUGAUUCCAUCUGGUUUAUUAGUAACUUCUUCCACACUAAGACAAACAAACUUGUGAUUGGCUGUUUUAUAGAGGGUGGGGCACCUUAAAAAAAUUUUUUUUUGCAAUUGCAUAAUUUGUUCUAAUGUGAUAAUAUUACAUUGUUCUUUUGUCGCUAAGCUGAUGUUGGAUGAAGCUAACUGGAUGUGAUUGCCCACCCUCAUUUUCCACACACCGCUUUACACGAAAAGGUAAGAAGUAAAAAAUUCCAUCAUGUCAUUUCUAGUUGUUCCACUGACAGUUGAAUUGGAAUGAUGAUGAUCCGAUUUGACACGAUGAGAAAAUGUUGUCAUUGACUUUGAUUUGACUUCAUGAUUAGGAAAAUGAACUAAAAUGCUCUUUGAGUGAUAAAUAAUCGA